GCAAGGUCCCUUCAUCUUGUCUAUGUACUUCUUAUUUUACUGCAUAUGCAAACUUCAAUUGGAUCCAAUUCAACAAUAGCUGAUGAUGGAGUUAAGUGCAUAGAGAGCGAAAGACAAGCUCUUCUUGCAUUUAAGCAAGGUCUGGUUGAUGAACAUGGAUGGCCUUCCUCAUGGGGCAGUGAAGAAGAGAAAAAGAAUUGCUGUGAAUGGGAAGGAGUUCAAUGUAGCAACACAACUGGGCACAUCACUAUGCUUAAUCUAACCACGUAUUGGUAUGAUCGUGAUUUUAUCUUAAGAGGUAAUCUUAGUCCUUCUCUAUUUGAGUUGCAGCAUUUAAUUUAUUUAGACCUUAGUGGGAAUAAUUUCAACUUAAGCCACAUUCCAGAGUCUAUCAGGUCACCCAACAAAAUACAACAUCUUGACCUCCGUAGUUGUAAUUUAAGUGGAUCUCUUCCUAGUCAGCUUGCAAACCUCGCAAGUCUGCAAUAUCUUGAUCUUAGCUAUAAUAACUUCAACAGUGUCAAAAAUCUUGAGUGGCUCUCUCGUCUUUCUUACUUGCAAUACCUUGGUCUGAGUCAAAUCGACCUUAGUAAGGUCAACAAGGAUGGGCUGCAAAUAGCAUCCCCAUCUGGUUCAGCACCUUGCCAUCUACAGCACUAAUGAUAGAUCUUUCUUCCAACCAAAUUAGUGGUAUUCUUCCAGAUUGGUCAAGGAAUUUUUCAUCUGAUUCUUAUGGCUUUGGGAUAAAUUUAAGUGGAAAUC